AAGGGUACGUCAACAAAUACCGCAAUACUGGACCAAAUGGUCCAAGAUGGCAAGCUGCUAAUGCAUUGGAUCCUCUUUGGAAACAACUCUGGAGACCAAAGCUGCGUGGGUGAUCAUAAGUCGUCUGCGUUGAGAUCUUGGCGGUUCUUUUGAGGGUUUAGAUUUACAAACCGGUACUCAGUGCGCAGGAUCUCCAGUCACCGUUCUGACGUCAUCAUUGUGGCAGAAUAUAGAAGUUGGUUGAAUCCCCGGGUCAAGCCAUAACGCUGUUAGGGCACGGAGUGUGUGGAGGAGUGUCAAUUCCCAGACUGAUUCCAAUAGGACUUGUUAAAAGUACACUCGUCUCUAAAAAUGCUUUCUGUACUGUCUGCUGCUACCAGCAAUUCGCAACGUCGACCGUCGGAUCCCAAGACCAACGAGCCAAUGCAGACUCAAAGCUCCCCGGCGUCUACGGACAGCAGUGAGGAUUCACCGGUCACUCAAGUCGUUCACACCCAUCAGAGCCGGCAGAGGCUCCGGCCAUGGCUGGAGAAUCUCAUCAACGAGGGGUCGGUCAAGGGACUAGAAUGGAUCGACAAGGAGAAGAAGCUCUUCAAGAUUCCCUGGAAACACGCUGGAAAGCAAGACUACAACCAGGAAGAAGAUUCUAAGAUCUUUAAGCUGUGGUCCCUCAAUACGGGUAAAUUCAAGCCAGGUGUGCAUGUACCUGAGCCAGCCGUAUGGAAGACGAGACUGCGUACUGCUCUCAAUAAACUCCCUGACAUCGAUGAGGUCCACGAGAAGACGCAACUAGACAUCCCUGAACCCUAUAGAGUCUACAGACUGCUGCCCAAAAAACCAUCCAACAGCGCAAUGAAAAACCGGCUUCCGACCAGCCCAACGUAUGGCCAGCAGGACUCUCACCACAGGAGUGGACAUUCGAUGAGUAGUUACUCCGAGCGGUACAGUCCAUAUGACGUGCGACCUGGAACUUAUUACACUGAUGCAUACGACCGGCAAAAUCAUUCGAGUUACCAACAACCGAGUCAUCAUUGGUAUGAUCCGAGCCGUCCCGGUGUUGAUUAUGGCUACCAGCAAGCAUACACCAACUGUUACCCAAACAGCACAGCAGCCGACCUUGACAUGAUCAAUGACGUCAUCACACGUGACAUCGAUGGCAACCACGGCCACCAUCCCCCAAGCCACGCCCACUACCCCCCAGGGAGCGGUCACGUGUAUGGGCAGGAGGGCAGCAACAUUGGGGGCAUGGAGCAUGGAAGGGUCAAUAAACUGGACAAUGUCGGAAUGACAGAUACAUUGGUCAAUAAUAAUGAUCCGAGGCACGUCAACUACCAUGACCUGGUUGCCAUGCCAACCGUGACGUCAUCGGGCUACACAACGUGCGCCACUACGAGCAAGUCCAAUCCGCCGCCGAGCUACGAGAGUUCCCUGUCCGACUCGUCACAUUCCUUCCCAACCACCUGUGCGGUCACCAUGGCAAUGGAGUCCGUCUCCAUGGAUGACACCACCAAUCACCAGCUCCAACCGGCUCAGCAUCAUGAAUAUUCAUCACCAGCCAACGCCAAGCGCAUGCUCAGUUCGCCUGAGCCGACCCUACCAGCUGAGCAUGUCAUGUCAAUUCAAAUCUCCUACCAGUCGACGGAUGCCGGGUACCAGUGUGUGGAGAACCCAGCCGGCUGCGUGUUGUUCUUCAACCAACCAUGGGAGGAGGGAAUGCAGCGUGGGAUGGAGGCAAUCCAUCUACCAGACGUUGGGGCAGUCCCAGCACAGCCAGGGAUGACCGACAAACAGAUCAGUCUCACAGCUGAGGUUCUGAGGUGUUUCGAGAGAGGGAUGAGUAUCGAAUCUCGUAAUGGCAACAUCUACGUCACGAGACGGUGUCGUAGCGUUGUAUUCUGGUGCACCCUCAACGCCAACGAAAAGCCAACCAAACUAGAGAGGGACGAAGAAAUCAAAGUGUUCGAUCUGGAUCAGUUUCGUGAUCAGCUCCGGCGAUACUACCUCGGGCAAGACGCACCCCCAAUGUUCCCCAAGGUUUAUUUCACCGUAGCACAGAAAUGGAGCUCACCCGACAUGCCGCUUCACGCUUGUCUUAUUUCUAUCGUCGUCACGCCGUUGAGGGCGUCUGAGGAGCUUCGUACCAUCAGUCCGGAGGUGCAUUCCCUGCCUCUGAGCAUCCACAGCGGCCUGCUGCAAAUCUCUGGACCGGGACCGGCAGACUGUUCAUCCCCUCUCGGAGGGGUCACCACGUGGAAUGACAUUUCAAGCUGCCGUAUGGCACCAAUGUCUGCAAUGGUUUAGACUUCCAUCAGACACAUGCAUAAAACAAACAUUGAGCUAAUUGGAGACUUUCGAACGAUAGGUGGCAGCAUACUAACCAGGUAAUAAUAGUGUUGGUGCUAAAAAUAACCAGUGGUUAACAACUAAAUUUCCAUAUUUUGCGUCAAUCUGAGCAUGCGCACAUUACCGAGAACAUAGGAUUUUUAAGACCUGGUAAGUCUGCUGCCACCCAGCGUCCCAAAAGUCCCUCUAGCCGGCUCCAAAAUAGACUGGUCCCCUUUGUUUAUCACAUGUACAUCGGAUUUAAGUGCGAAUCUCCAGAAUCAUGAAGGCCAUGUGAAAUGAUGUGAGGUCAAUGGACGUGGGCCGAACGGCGGAUCUGGCGUAAAAAGUCACGAGCCUCGAAGUGUGAUGUUCAGGCUAGCUUCAAAGAUGCACAGACGAUUGACUUUAAACAAGCAGACUCUAAAAGUUUGCUAAGACUUUUGCCUAAAGAUUCGUCGCUAAGUCUCGGUGGUGAUUGAAGACUCGUUGGUUGGUUCCUCAAAGAGUCUGUGGAGUCUGACCUAUGCAUGACAUCUUGUUCAUUAUUGUAAGUGUACAAAUUAUUCUAUGUAAAUACAACAAGUAUUGUAUCCAAGCU